GAAAGUGGAAAAAAACAUUCUUAUUAGUUGUUGACGUGCGCACAGCGUACCGGAAGCUGCAGAGUGAAAACUACCUUGACUUCCGCCGGCUCAACACUGAAGUGACAGUCACGUAGAAAGUUGGAGGCGAGGAGCUCAUCAGACCUGCUGCACUUUGUGACACUUAACGAGCUGACUGAGAACAUGCCGCACCUGUGUCACCUGCUGCUGACCAGCCCCGUGUCCACCUCCACCGUGGAGCGGUCAUACUCGGCUCUGAACGCCAGAACCACAACCAGAACCACAACCAGAACCACAACCAGAACCACAACCAGUACCGGACAGGGUCGCCUGGGAGCUUUGGUACUGAUGUCCAUAGAGAAAGGACUUCUUUUGGAGCUCAAGUCAAAGGACAAACCGACGAAUGGAUGUGGUGUUCAUGUAAGGUCAAAGGUCAGUAAAGGACGUGGCCCCAGUGGACAGAGAUGAUGUCCAUGCAAAUGAGUGAGGCGGACAGUAUGGUGAAGGUGGCUGAAUGGCAGCAGACCUACUAUGCCUCAGACUCGGGCAUCCAAUCAGGAGCCACCACAGUGCGAGACGAUGAGAGCAGCACAGAGUUCAGCGGCAACAAGAAGUACGGCGGCGGCGGCACCGCAGUCAGCGCUGCAGCCGCUCCUACUGCUGCAGGAGAAGGAGGCGACACAGCAGCUGGUGGACAUGAGAGUUCUGCAGAUUUAGAAGCUCAGUAUUCUCUAACACGGGCUCAACGUGUCAGGGCUGCAAUGUUUCCAGAGACCCUGGUGGAGGGAGAGGCUGCCAUGCCCGUCCAACCUGAUGCAUCUCAACAGAGCAACGUACAGCGACUGGCUGAGCCGUCCCAGCUGCUGAAGACAGCCAUCGUCCACCUGAUAAAUUACCAGGACGAUGCUGAGCUGGCAACUCGAGCUGUGCCAGAGCUCACCAAACUGUUGGCGGACGAAGAUCCGGUUGUGGUGAACAAGGCGGCCAUGAUUGUCAAUCAGCUGACCCGAAAGGAAGCGAGCCGGCGGGUGCUGGUGCAGUCUCAGACCGUGGUGGGCGCAGUGGUGCGAGCCAUGACAACAGCAACUGACAUGGAGACGGCGCGCUGUGCAGCCAGUGUGCUCCACAGUCUGUCACACCAGAGGGAAGGACUGCUGGCCAUAUUCAAGUCUGGAGGGAUACCAGCACUGGUUCGCAUGCUCAGUUCACCAGUGGAAUCAGUCUUAUUCUAUGCCAUCACCACCCUCCACAACCUGCUCCUGCACCAAGAGGGGGCAAAGUUGGCAGUGCGUCUCGCCGACGGCCUGCAGAGGAUGGUUCCUUUACUGAAAAAAAGCAACCCCAAGUUCCUGGCCAUCACCACUGACUGUCUGCAGCUCCUGUCCUAUGGCAACCAGGAGAGCAAGCUCAUCAUCCUAGCCAAUGGUGGUCCAGAGGGUCUUGUGUUCAUCAUGAGGAACUACAACUAUGAGAAGCUUCUGUGGACCACAAGCCGAGUUCUCAAAGUCCUGUCUGUGUGUCCUAGCAACAAGCCGGCAAUAGUAGAGGCUGGUGGUAUGCAAGCUUUGGGCCAACACCUUACAGGUUCUAGUCAGCGUCUGAUCCAGAACUGUCUGUGGACACUCCGCAAUCUGUCUGAUGCUGCAACCAAACAGGAGGGGUUAGAUGGUCUGCUGCAGAUACUGGUCACUCAGCUGGGCUCAGAUGAUGUCAACAUGUUGACCUGUGCAACGGGCAUCCUGUCCAACCUCACCUGUAAUAACUCGCGUAACAAGACCCUGGUGACUCAGUAUGGCGGUGUGGAAGCUCUCAUCCAUGCAGUGCUCCGUGCCGGGGAGAAGGAGGAUGUUGCAGAGCCGGCGGUGUGUGCGCUGCGUCACCUCACCUCCAGACACCAAGACGCAGAGCUGGCCCAGAAUGCUGUGCGGCUGCACUACGGUAUCCCUGCUGUGGUUAAACUGCUUGGGCAGCCACACUACUGGCCUGUAGUGAAGGCCACAGUCGGUCUAAUCCGGAACCUGGCGCUGUGCCCGGCCAAUCAGGCGCCGCUGAGGGAGGCAGGUGCUAUUCCUCGUCUGGUCAACCUGCUGCUGAAGGCCCAUCAGGACACACAGAGACACGCCUCCUCCACACAGCAGACAUACCAGGAUGGAGUUCGUAUGGAGGAAAUAGUAGAGGGCUGCACAGGAGCUCUGCACAUACUGGCCAGAGACCCCAUGAACAGAGGAGAGAUCGCCAGCAUGCAGACCAUACCAUUGUUUGUACAGCUGCUGUACUCUUACGUGGAGAACGUGAAGCGAGUGUCUGCGGGCGUCCUGUGUGAGCUGGCCCUGGACAAACAGUCUGCAGAGCUGAUCGAUGCUGAAGGAGCAUCGGCACCACUCAUGGAGCUGCUUCACUCCAGCAAUGAGGGCAUAGCCACCUAUGCUGCAGCUGUGCUGUUCCGUAUUUCAGAGGACAAGAGUUCAGACUACAGGAAGAGAGUGUCAGUGGAGCUAACACACUCGCUCUUCAAACACGACCCCGCUGCAUGGGAAAUGUCUCCGCCCAGAGAAGGCAGCCAGGGUGAACUGACUCCAGCCAACAGUCAGACCAGGAUGAGCACCAACAUGCUGUCUCAGGGUGUCUCAGGCCUCCCAGGGGCUCAUCAGGCUCUGGUCUCCCCAGGUGGCUCAGUCUACCCAGGCCUGUCUCCCCUGGGGUCUAUCCCUGGGUCUAUCUUGGCCUACUCCAUCAGGUGGCCUGGUCUAUCAGGUCUGCAGGCCUAUCAGGUUGUGGCCUGUCUCCAGGUCUAUCUCAGGCUUCUUCAGGCCUUGGUCUCAGUCAGGUCUAGGUCUACAGGUCUUCUCAGGCUGUCUCAUCUCAGGUCUACUGGUCUGGUCUCAGGUCUCAGGUCUAUCUCCCAGGCUGUCUCAGGCUCCCAGGUCUCCGUCAGGUCCCAGCCUAGGUCUAUCUCAGGUCUGUCUCAGGCUAUCUCAGGUCCUAUCCCCCAUCUCAGGUCUCAGGCUAUUGUCUGUGCUCAUCUCCCAGGUCAUCAGGUCCCAUCUGUGGCCUACUGUGGUCUGUCUCAGGUCUAUCUGUCUCAGGUCCUGGCCUGGUGUCUGUCUCAGGCUAUCUCAGGUCUAUCUCUAGGCUCUGUCUAG